UUCACAGUUUUUCUUUAUCGCCGUGCGUUGUCUUUUGGUAACAUUCCUCAACAAUAGUAUCCACCGACUGCCAUAAUCGUUACUGCCAUGAAGAAUCGAAAGAGAUUACCAUCGAUAGAAGAUAGGAUUAGUGACCUUCCUGACUCAAUUCUGUGUCACAUUCUCUCUUUUGUCCCAACCAAAUUAGCCGUCAGAACAAGCAUCCUCUCAAAGAGAUGGAAACCUAUAUGGCUUUCUGUCCCCGCUUUCGACAAUCUUCAGUUGUACCGAACCGAUGAUCUAUGUUCAGCCAUGCAAUCUCGUGACAUUAAUUUACCAAUACUAUUAUUCAGACUCCAGUAUUAUAAAUGUUAUUGUUAUGGGACAGUAUCCAAAUUUUUCAAGCUCAUCAACUCAGCAACACAAAGAGGGCUUCAAACCCUAGAACUUGACAUGUGUUGUGAGUAUUUAGAGGUGAAAUAUGUUUCUAACAUACUCACUUGUAAGACUCUCACUGUUCUCAAGUUGACAAGAGUAAAAUUUGACAAAGACGUUCCUCAAAUAAAUGUUUCUUCUAUCAAAACUCUUCAUUUGCAUUAUGUCUAUUUCAGACAGGAACAAAAUAUGGUCAGCUUUUUAUUAGCAUUUCCCAAUGUAGAGAAACUGGAAGCAAUUGAUGUUGAGUAUCGAAAUCCAUUUCCCAAUGUAGAGGAACUGGAAGCAAUUGAAGUUGACUAUCGAAAUCAAAUGAAUAAAAUUUUUCCCAACUUGAUGAGUGCUACUAUUUCUAUUUCUGCUAUUCAACUUAUUCUUUACUUGUGCUUUUGCAAGUCACUCAUUCUCCAUAUAAACCAGACACUGCAACCCAAGAUUGUCCAAAUCCCAUUCUUUUACAAUCUUACUCGAAUGGAGCUAUUCUUUAACAGUAUAGAAUCACGAUGGCGCCCCAAGUGGCGCAAGUGGAAGUGGAUACUUGAAAUGAUUCAACAGAGUCCCAAGCUUCAACAUCUUAUCAUUCAUGAGGGAAUAAAACAGAAAAGUGGAAUCAAAGAGAAGAAUUGGAAGGAUCCACUGACUGUUCCUGAAUGUCUUACAUCUCAUCUCAAAAGAUGUUAUAGAGGCACAAAGUGUGACCUUUUACUUGCAGAAUAUAUCAUGCGACAUUCAAAAGUGUUAACUACCAUGAAAAUUCACUGCGCAGAUUCCAUAGAUUUAAACACAAAGUAUCAAAUAUUGCAGAAACUAUCUGUGUGUCCAAGAAGCUGUGAACUUAUAUUUGAUUGACGAAUUUGGGCUAAGAUAUGUACAAUUCUUACUUGAAUUCGGAUUUUAUGAUAUUUGAAACACUAGAACUGGGAUUUAUUUUGUCAUGUUUACAAUUGUAUAUUUAUGUUUCUAAGUAAUUUAAAUUCAUUUUCUUA